UGUGUUUCAUUUCCAAUUUUUCGCGGUGUCUAACAGUCUCAAAAAACCUUUGCCAUUUGUCUCAUUUUUUUUUACCACUCCCUCAUUUUCUCUAUCCAGCUAGUGGUGCACGAGCUCAAGUCGCCGGCAUUCGACCCGAUGUUCUACCAGUGUGUCGACUACGGCUUCAGGGACAAGUAUUUCAAACUUUGGUGGCUUUACCAUAUCUUCGUCACUCUCAUGAUGUACGUGGUUCCCUUGGCAACCAUAUUCGCUUGUUAUUCGGCAAUCGUCUGCAAGAUAUGCAGGAGAACCAAUGGUUUAUUGAGCUGGAGUAAGAAACCUAGGAAGACCACGCUACGCAUGGCGGGAAAUGACGGCAUACCUCGUGCACGUAUGCGCGCAUUUCGUCUCACCGCCGCCAUCGUCGGAGGUUUCGUCAUCUGCUGGUCACCUUACUACAUCGUCUCGACGUGGUACCACGUCGACCACGGCUGGCAAGACGAGUCCGACGCACCGGAUCCUCCUUGGCUGUUCGAUGUCCUCAUCGCCCUCGGGUACCUAAACACGUGCGUCGACCCCGUCCUCUAUGGCAUCUUCACCACCAAGCUAGCCCGUGACGUCAGACACUGCUGGCGCUCUCCCAAGCCGGUCGCUAGAGGGAGGCAGAGGUUGACGAGUCGACGGUCGACCUCAUCUUCGAACAACAAUCCAAUGACGGCGGGGUCCUCGGUUCGACUUGGAAUGACUACGGUUAAUGUGGUCAGUGAGGAGAGGCAGGCAGUGCACUUUAACAUUCCAGACGAAUAUGAGGAGAGAACGGUUAUGUCUUAAAAGGGGAUUGGGGUACUUGGUUUUGCCCGGUCCAUUUUAUGGAAGACAAAAAGUGAUUUGGUUUACGUAGGAUAUCUGUUUUACUUCCUGAAUCAGAGUGCCCCGAUCUUGUUUGAAGAAAUAGGAAAUGAACUGAAAGUUGUCGCCAUUCUUUUUUGCAGCGCGACCAACCAAAUUUAGGAGAUCAAUUUUAAAGUCCUUGAAAGCUUUCCAUGAAAGAAGUAGUCAGAUAUAUUCGUAGGCUCUAAAAUUUUUGAAGUUAAUUGGCUGCUGCCAAAUUCGUGAGCGAAAAAUCAUCGACAAGAUGCUCCACAAAACACUCCCAAUGUCGAUAGUUUGCAAAUGUGGAAGGAAAUGGGCAGGGCAUCUGCUUCACUGAUCUAUUUUUAUGUU